CGUUCCCCAGACCCCAAAGUAUUUCAGAUCCACGUGUGAGGUCCUGGGUACUCUCUCCAGACACAGAAAGACAACGUGAAACAGCGACAGACCAUCGACCCAUCAACACCCCAGGGUCCUCCUCAUCGCCAACACUUCAGAGGUCUACCUGCAUCGCACAAACCAGCUGGAAGAUGGACGCUUCGAUCCUUCACGGACUUAUCUCCAUUUUGAUUUUUCAGCCUUGCGAGUCUCACGAUGGUGCCACUGCGACCCCUUUGGUCUUUGACUGGAACGCCCCACUGGCAGUGAUCUCGCAGGAAGAGGGGAAGAUCACAGAUUUGGCACAGACAGCCCGAACAGGAGCUAACGUUACCGUGGAUACAGACACAAAAAUGAAGGCCUCAGAGACCACAGAAGCUGAAGAAAAAGCCCCGGGUGACACGUACGUGCCAGUGAGGUCACGAGGCUCUGAGGUCAUCGACCUACAUGGAGAGAGCAACGCUGGGGCGGCUGAGACAAAUGACCUCGGCCAGAUCAGCACGUCCAAAGACCGACUCCUGGAUACGGGCGCAUCGGCCGGGCAAGAGCGACCUGCAGCCGUUCCCCCUUUCCGCGACUCGGACGAGGCUAACAAGAAGCGCGAAUCUGCAGAGUCUGAGCUUGAUGUGGCAGAUCUCGAAACUUGGAGGAUUGGCGCAAUUUCUGUAGUAGCAACUCUUUCUCUGGGAAUCGUUAUUGCAGUUUACUGUCACAAGUUCCGAAAAAGAACAGUUAGACAGGAAGUUCCAGUGAAAAACACAGAGGACAGAGAGGCAGCAGAGACGAUAAACAGGGAGUCCAACAAGAACACAGUGACUGCUGGGGACAGCUGUGUGAUAGGGAACGUGUCAAACGAAUCCUCAGAUCUGACAAUGACCAAACAAGAGGCAAACCUGCCAGACAUUUCUUGGGAUUGUCCCACGGAGGCUGCCAGUUCUCAUGAUCCAUCUUAAGAUGUCAGAAACUUUGUGGUUUAGAUAUUCCCCUCUGCUAAGUCAUUUUUUUUAUUCCAGUAUGUCUAGGAAAUGUAUGUUGCAUGGUGUUUGAGCUAAUCUAAAUAAAGUAUAUCCCAUGUGGAUAUAGCUACUUUUAUUUGGUUUGAACACAUGAAAAUAGCUUUAUAUGUAAUCCUGUAUGAAAAUGAUAAAA